AUGAGCUACGAGAACUAUGACCCUUGUUUCCCAGACCAACCUGUCGUGGACCUAUAUCUCCCAGCAUGGGCUAACCUACCAGCCUUUCGGUCCAAACCCGCCUUCAUUUGGGCCGAAGAUGGCUCAACUGGUGUGACCAAGGUCUCAACUCUGACCUACGCUGAGCUAAACAGCACAGUGCAGUCUAUUUCUUCUCACCUUCUCUUUCCAUUACAAAGAGGUGACACUGUUGUGAUUCUCUGCUCACCAGGCCUCGAGCUGGUCGAGAUCAUUUUCGGAUGCCAAAGAGCUGGGCUUGUAGGGGUUCCCAUCAUCCCUCCUGAUCCAUCUUUUUCCAACAACGCCCAUCACCACCUUGUUAGAGUUAUCUCUCAAACAAAGCCCAAAGCUGCCAUAGCUAGCUCUGAUUACACCAAACGUGUUCGACAAUAUGUCUCAUUGUCGUUUUCUAGCAAUCGACAACUCUGUGAGCUUUUACAGAACCUCAAAUGGAUUGCAACUGAGGACAUUAUGGACAAGAAGGUGAACUUGAAACCGGGUUUCUUUUCAUCGUAUAAUGGUUGCAAGCCGGACGAGAUUUAUCUGAUUCAGUACACGUCUGGUGCAACCGGGAUUCCAAAACCGGUCCUUGUUUCUGCGGGAUCCGCUGCUCACAAUGUUAGAGUAGCCAGGAAAGCCUAUAAUCUUCAUCCCAAUAGUGUCAUUGUCUCAUGGUUGCCACAGUAUCAUGACUGUGGCCUAAUGUUCUUGCUACUGACAAUUGUAUCGGGCGCAACGUGCGUGUUGACAUCACCCAAUGCCUUUGUAAAGCGGCCAAGGCUAUGGCUCGAGUUGAUAACUAAGUACAGAGGCACUUGCACCCCAGUUCCAUCAUUCGCAUUGCCACUCGUUGUCAAGCGAGGUGGGAUGAGUCAAGGAACAUUGACUAUAAAUCUAUGGAGCAUGAACAACUUGAUCAUUGUCAAUGAGCCUAUUUACAAGGCAUCAAUAGAAGAAUUUAUCGAGGUAUUUAGGCCUCUCGGGCUAAACCCAUCUUCCAUCUCUCCGUCUUAUGGCUUAGCCGAAAGCUGCACUUUUGUUUCGACUUCAUGGCGUGAAAAAAAUGAUAGCCUCCCAUGUUACAACAAGCUCUUACCCAGUGCAAGGCUAGGUUCUGAUGAAGACGAUGAAAUUGAAAUUAUAGUCGUAAAUGAAGAAACAAAUGAGCCUGUGGAAGAUGGGAUUGAAGGCGAGAUAUGGAUUUCAUCUCCGAGCAAUGCCUCUGGCUACCUCGCCCAUCCUUCGCUAACUCGCAAGGUGUUUCAUGGGAGACUUAGAAACAAGGUGAGCCGGUGCUUCAUUCGAACUGGUGAUAGGGGAAUUGUCAAAGGAGAAGAGAGGUAUCUUUAUGUGACGGGUCGAUGUUCUGAUAUCGUGCUAAAAAAUGGACAAGAAAUACAUCCCCAUUAUAUAGAGACCGCUGCUUAUAACAGUUGUCCAGAGUUUUUAAGGGGAGGUUGCAUUGCUGCAUUCAAGAUUUCAAGAACAGCAAUAGCUGUUGUUGCAGAGAUGCAGAGAGUUGAGAGAGAGAUUAGAGUUUUGAGGAGAAUAUGUGAAGGAAUAAGGGAAGGUGUAAUGAAGGAAGAGGAGAUUAAGAUUGGUCUGGUGGUUCUUGUCAAGAAUGGGAGUGUUCCAAAGACUACUUCAGGUAAGAUAAUGAGAUGGGCAGCUCAGGCUAAGCUUUCAGAGUGUAAAAUGAAUGUGAUCAUGCAAAUGGAAUUUGAUGAACAUGGCGGUGAUUCGACAUCGUUGGGGAUGAUAAUUGAGGCAUGUGAAGGGAAAGAAAUGAAUGAAAACGGCAGGAAACAAACAGGAGCCUUUAUGUCACUCUCAAACGCUCCAAAUCAUCAAUCCAGACUCUCCUCUCUGUAG